AUGGAGCCUCCACUCCUACCGAAGAAGCCCCUUUCCGAUAAAGUUCCGAACUUUGAUGCCCACAAACAAGAAGGUGACUCUGCUCACCACCUCCCGGCAAGCGCGGUUGCCGAGGACCAGGUCGAUGAAGGCGUGGAAGGUGUGGAUGUGGACGAAAAGGAGCAGCUUUUGAAGAGUGGUGAUAAUGGGGCUGAAGGUUCCUGUUCCGUUCAAGAAGUUAGUGUUGUUAGAAAGAAACGCGGAAGAAAGUUUAAAAAGGACAUGCUGGAGGACUUGGAGAUCGAGAGGAAGAAGAAAGGUGAUGAUGAUUCUGCUGCUAUGACUGUGAAAACGCGCGUAAGAACAAGCGUUCCAAGUUGUGCUGAGAAUCUCAAGGAUGAGGGUCUUGGUGAGAAGAAGAGACGUGGCAGAAAACCGAAGAACCAGAAGACGGAACAACACCCUAGUAAUGACAAAGAUGUUCCAAAUGUUGAAAAUGAGUCAAAACCUGAUAUAGAUAAUGAAGGGGAAGAUGCAAAUGGUGAUGUUCAGAAGAGGAAGCAAGUUAGAGUUUGGAGUAGAAAACGUGGUGGGAAAAGGAAGUUAGAAGAUCGAAACCCCGGUGACAUUCCUGGAAGGAAAAGAAAGAACAUGCAUGGUGAGCAAAAUUGUGAAAAUGGAAAGAUGGAAAAUGAGGAGUUGGGGUCUCAAAUUGAUGCUGAGACGACCUUAGAUUCCUUGGAAAAAAGUGACAAUCAGCGUAGUUACAGUUUAAGGAAGAGGGAAAAUACCAGCAUCCAUAAACGAGUUGAUUUGCUAAAAGGCAUUGUUCCAUAUAUAAAUCAGUUGGAUCAAAAACAAACAGCUCAGAAAGAGUUCCAAGCUAAAAGACAAGGGCUUUCACCCUUGGAGCUAACAAUUGAAAAGAGUAUCGAUGAUACCCCUCCCAUUCAUCCUGAUACACAUCAAGAUUUCCAUCAACCUGUAUCGGAUCAAGCAUUUAGCCCACAAGAAAUGGAGUUAAAAGAGCUCAUCUCAGCUGUUUCCAAUCUGUCUCAUAAGAUUGACAUCACAUCUCAAUCUUCAACCAUCGAGAAAUCACCAGAAUCUCAUCUUCCUAAAGAGUUAUCUCCUCGUGCUCUUGAAAGUUUAAAGAGACUUGUCGAUUUCUCCAAGCACACCGUUGACGAGUGGCUAAAUCAAGAUGACCUCAACAACCUUCUUUCCGAAAUCUUGAGCUCCACUCUUGAAUAUCAUGUGCCCAUCAACUUCUCCAAGCAAGUGCAGAAAUUUAAAAACUUUAUCAACAACUCGCUCGUCUCUCACAACAAGCUUACUGACUUGAAAAAGGGAUUGUCUCAAAUUGAAACAGAAUCUGUACAACUUGAUGUAUCGUAUGCAUCUUCACAAAAGAAUUAUAAAAAAUAUGAAACUAAUGUUGCUCAUGCUGCUAAAGCCCUUGAUCAACUGGUCUGUCGGGAAGAAGAACUCGAAAAAGAACUUGCUGGAGUCCGUGCGGACAUAGCUUCACUGCGGGAUCCUUUCCUCAAAGCUGACAAGAGAAAGAAAGACCUUAAUCGAGAAUUGUGCGAAAUGGAAAGUACUCAAGCUGAACUUAAAAGAAAAUACCAGAAAUUACAGAUGGAAGAACGUGAGGAAAUUCUGGUAUUCAAUUCAAUCAAUGAAGAAAGAGUCCGUCUCAGGUUCGAGUUGGAAGAACUUCUAAAACCUUAUCUUUGAAAGCUUGGUUUGUAUUUCAUUUCGAUUACUUUAUAUAACUCUGAUUUUCUGAAACUUUGUUUAUAUUUUGUCUUUUAUGUCAAAAACUAUUGGAAAGUUUUGACGUGUACCAGCCACUUUAGUGGUA